GAUGCUUGUGAAAAAACUGAGGGCAUGACUGACAAGAGUAGAGAUAUAGGAGAAUGGUUUUGCAUGGAGCGAAGGUUGUCUGCACAGAAAUAGAUCUGUCUUGUUGGAGGAGAAGGAAAGAGGGGAAAAGAAAAAAAAAAGAGUGGGGAAAAGAGAAUUUUGUGGCGUGUGACGUCCCAAUCCCAAUCAAAAGAAGGCCAACAAAGUAAGAAACGGUCUGGUCAGAAGUACACACUACCAUUAUUCAUCCCCCGUCGCAUUCACAAAGCAGAGACACUCUCUCCUUCAAACUUCUUCAUUCAUCAUUCAUAAUCCCUAAUACAUCCUUCCUAUUAUUUUCUCCUUCUCGCCAUGCCAUCUCGACAACUCUCCACGUCACCACCACCUUCUAACCGCCGCAUCUUAACCCCUCCGGUAACUUCCACCGCCUCCCUUUGCUCUUUAUUCUUUUUACUUUGCCUCUGCUUCCGCAAGCGUAAACGCACCACCCCUUCCUCCGACUCCGACUCCACUCCCCCUCACCCCUUCUCCUACGCCCUCCUCCGCCGCGCCACCAACUCCUUCUCCACGCGCCUCGGCCACGGUGGCUUCGGUCCUGUCUUCGCCGGCACCCUUGCCGGCGACCCGGUUGCCGUCAAGCUCAUGGAUUCUGCCUCCCAGCAGGGAGAGCGCGAGUUCAACAACGAGCUCUUCUUCGCGUCCAGGCUUCGGUCCCCCUCUCUCGUCCCCGCCAUCGGCUUCUCCUCCGACCCUAAACGUCGGCGUUUCCUCCUCGUCUACCACCUCAUGCACAACGGUAACCUCCACGACGCCCUCUUGCGCUCUAAAACCCCUCACCUAAAGAGCUGGAAAAACCGCUUCUCCAUCAUCCUCGACAUCGCCAGAGGCAUCCACUACCUCCACUCGCUCGACCCCCCGGUCAUCCACGGUGACAUCAAACCCUCCAACAUUCUCCUGGACAACACCUUCUCUGCAAAACUCGCCGACUUCGGUCUUGCGCGCUUAAAACCCCAUGUUCAAGUCCAAGAGUUCAAAGCAAAGCGCGACGAGAAGAGAAGGGACGAGUCCGAGAGCGAUGCUGGGUCGGAGUUAGAAACUGUGAGCGUCAAGACAGAGCAGUCGUUUGAAGGUAACACCGGGUCGGAUUACGUGAUGGAUUGGAUUGGGAAGGAGUUGAAGAAGGAAAGGCCGACGACGGUGGAGAAGGUUUCUUCUGGGUCGAGCAGUGGAUUGGCGGAGAAGAAGAAAAGUAGGAAGAAAUUGGAGUGGUGGGAGAAGAUGAAUGAUAGUGGAGUUCCGAAGAUGGAGAAGAGAAGGGCCGCGAGGGAAUGGUGGAAGGAAGAGUAUUCGGAAGAGCUUGCUAGGAAGACGAAGAAAAAGAAAACGAAGGAGAAGAAAAAGAGAAAGGGUGUUAACGGUGAUGGUGAUUUGGAGAUAGAUAAUGGUGAUGUAAAUGUGUACAAGAGGGAGAAGAACCGGAGUAGGAAAAGUGGUGGAAGUGUAGAUUCUUGGUUGAACGGUGAUGUACAUGGAGUUGGAUGGAACAGCUACGAUUCAGGGACUUGUAGCGGUGAAAUAGUGGCCAAGAGUGGUGGUGUGAGUAGUACUCCGAGUAUGAGGGGAACGGUUUUCUACGUGGCUCCUGAGUAUGGAUACAAUGGAGAUGUUUCUGAGAAGUGCGACGUGUACAGUUUCGGGGUUUUGUUGCUUGUUAUUGUUUCUGGGAGGCGGCCACUUCAGGUGACAGGGUCGCCCAUAUCGGAGCUUCAACGUGCGAAUCUGGUGUCUUGGGCGAGGGUAUGUGGUCGGAGGGGAAAGCUUCUAGAAGUGGUGGAUGAGGGUGUUGAGGGGUUGGACAAAGAGCAGGCUAGUCUGUGCGUGACGGUUGCGCUGGCUUGUUUGCUAAAGUCACCGACCCGUCGACCUUCCAUGAAGGAGGUUCUGGGAAUGCUAAGUGGGGAGCUGGAGCCUCCGCAGUUGCCGCGCAAUAGUUUCCCCCUCAACUCCAGGAACCAGGGUCGGUGACAGUGACUAACAUUUUUUCAUCCAGUCACCUGUGGUAGUUGUAGAAGGGGUAACACUUGUUUUCUUGCUAUUGGAGGAACUCAUUUUUCCUCCACUAUUCCCCAUCUUUGUCUAUUUAACUCUUCCUCCUUCUUUCACACUCACCUCUAGCCUUUUCAAAAUCAUGGUUUGUUCUGUAGUUUAGUGGAGGGAGGAUCAUCUUCUUGUUCACAUAACUUUUUGGAAUGGAAAUGUUAAAAAAAAGAAGAAAGUUUUGGUGAUGAAAAA